AUGGUGCACGAGGCUGGGAACGGUCGUGCUGCAAAUACGAAGCGUGCUUUCGGAGUCAGUACUGCGGGUGGCGACGGUGACAAGAGUGAACGGAGAGUCGGGGCUGUGGUUGAGGCCUUUCGUCGCAGUGGGCCGCGUGGCCCCGCUCGUGGUUCGUCUCGAUGUGAUGGUCGCGUCCUCAAUCGAUUGCAUGGCUUCGCGCACCUUGGUGCUUGGUUUCAGAGUACAGCUUAUGCAGCAGGUGCGGCACAGCAGCCAAUCGAGCGCUGCCAUCGGGCACAACCCCGCCCUCAGGCAGCAGGGGACCCGCGCGAUUCAGUCCGCGCGUUGUUACUGCCGUCGGUCGCCGUCGACACAUCGGCGUCGGGCAAGGCCGCACGGGCCGCCGUCGCCGCCGAAGUUGAUCCUGUGGACGGUCAGGGUUGCAGCCGGUCCUGA